CUCGCCUUAAAGCGAAAGGACCAAGAUGGCGGCGGCGCGCGGGGCUGAGCGGUGUCUCUUAGCUCGGCGGCCGGCGGCACCUGCGAGGGCCUGGCGGGGCUGAGCCCGACCCACAGGAGCCUGGGCAGCGUCGAGACCCGGACCCGCCGCUCUCUGCCCCGGGACCGGGCGAUGCCGCGUUAACCUCCCGCGCCGGGACCAGCCCCGGAGCUGCAGCCGCGCCGGGGGACAGGCCCUGGGAGAGCAGCCGCGGUGCUGGGGCUUGGGCGCUUUCCUCCGCCGGGGCACAGCGGCGCGUCUGCUCGGGCUCGUCAGCGCCCCCGAUGGCCACGUAAACCGCCCCCCGCCCCUGCGCCGCCCUGCCCGGGGCUGCGGCUGAGCGCCGGCGGGAGGCGCGUUUCCCACGCGCGGUUAGAGCUCCGUGCCCGGGAAGGCGGGGGCGAGGAAGAUGUUCUCGGCCCUGAAGAAACUCGUGGGCUCGGACCAGGCUCCCGUCCGCGACAAGAACAUCCCCGCAGGGCUGCAGUCUAUGAACCAGGCUCUGCAGAGGAGGUUUGCCAAGGGAGUCCAGUAUAACAUGAAAAUUGUAAUCCGAGGGGACAGGAACACAGGGAAAACCACACUUUGGCACCGACUCCAGGGGAAGAAGUUUGUUGAGGAAUAUAUUCCUACUCAGGAGAUCCAAGUCACCAGCAUCCACUGGAACUAUAAAACCACUGAUGAUAUCGUAAAGGUUGAAGUCUGGGACGUAGUUGACAAAGGAAAAUGCAAGAAACGUGGAGAUGGUUUGAAACUGGAGAAUGACCCUCAGGAGGCAGAGUCAGAGAUGGCUCUGGAUGCGGAGUUUCUUGAUGUGUAUAAAAACUGCAAUGGAGUAGUGAUGAUGUUUGACAUCACCAAGCAGUGGACAUUUAACUACAUAUUGAGGGAGCUUCCUAAAGUGCCCAACCAUGUUCCAGUUUGUGUGCUUGGGAAUUACCGUGAUAUGGGAGAGCACAGGGUCAUCCUGCCAGAUGACAUGCGGGCGUUCAUUGAUAAUCUGAACAGACCUCCUGGCUCGUCUUAUUUUCGCUAUGCUGAAUCUUCCAUGAAGAACAGUUUUGGCCUCAAGUACCUGCACAAAUUCUUCAACAUCCCAUUCUUGCAACUGCAGAGGGAGACAUUGCUACGGCAGCUGGAGACGAAUCAGCUAGAUAUUGACGCGACGUUGGAAGAGCUCUCAGUGCAGCAGGAGACAGAGGACCAAAACUACGAAAUCUUCCUUGAAAUGAUGGAAGCCCGAAAUCGAGGACACGCAUCCCCAAUGGCGACUAAUGGACAGAGCCCUUCCUCCGGCUCCCAGUCACCCAUAGUACCUCCCAGCUGCACAUCAACAGACAGUUCCAGUCCUGGUACCCCCCAGCCACCACCACCUCAGCAGCCGCCUGCCAAUGCAACGUCCCCUGAGCCUCCAUCCUCCUUGUCACCAGUGCCUCCACUAGAGGCUCAGCUACCACACACAUCGUCCCCAGCUACAGCCUCUCCAGCAACGCCUGUUGUAGUCCCACUGCAAAAGCGCAGCAUUAUCUCCCGCCUCUUCGGAACUUCUCCGGCACCAGAGAUGUCUCCUCCCCUGCCAGAUGCUGCUACUGUUCUCCCCAGUGAAGUCCCUGCAAAAGUGCAGAGUGUGGAGGACUUUAUUCCCGAUGACAGCCUGGACCACAGCUUUCUGGAAGAUACGAUCCCUCAGAGAGACAAGGGGAUAACUAAGACUAAGGACCACAAUGAAAGUGACAGUGAUGGAGAGGCGCUUGAAGGGAAUCCUAUGGUAGCCGGUUUCCAAGAUGAUCUGGAUCUAGAUGACAAAGUGCCCAGCAAACCCUCAUUGGCAGCAGAACUUGUACCAAGCAAAAAUAUUACUUUGUCAAGUGAGGAGGAGGCGGAAAUGGAGGAUGCUAUGGUCACCAUCGUGGCUGAUGAAGACAUUGACAUGGACUACGAGACACAAUGGUCUUCCAAAAAUUCAAUGAAACCACAAAAGAGAGCCUCUUCCACCAAAGCAUCUGACCAGAAGCCUCCAGGCAGCUUGCCUCCGCAUUCUGGAUUUGAGAAACACAUCAGCACAAAGCUCCCCACAGAUCUGCCAGCCACUGGAGCUGCUGCUCCUACAGCUACAGCAUCAGUCCAGGCACAAACGACCACUUCCCAGAACAAGGGCUCAGCUUCCAAACUGAAGGGAAGCAAAGAAGAAAUGCCUGAGGAGUCUGACAGUGAUCAGGAGGGACCGAUAGCCACCCAGAUGCUCUCAUUUGUGAUGGAUGACCCGGACUUUGAAAGCGAGGAGUCUGAUAGCCAAAGGAAGAAAGUGGGUGAAUUCCCAGUCCGGGAAGACCCCUCUGACAUCUCCGAUGAAGACACCUCGUUAGCAAAGCCUCCACAGCCCAUGAAGCCUACAAUCCACUCCUUCAAGCUGAAAAAUGACUCUGAUCUCUUUGGCUUGGGUUUGGAAGAAACAGGCCCCAAAGAGAGCAGUGAUGAAGAUAAAGCAAAACAUCCUUCCAAGGAGAAGAAGAAGAAGAAGAAGAGCAAAGAGGAAGAAGAGAAGUCUAUAAAGAAGAAAAGCAAACACAAGAAGUGCAGGGAGAAGGAGGAGAGCAAAGAUGAGAAGAAGAAAAAGAAAAAAAGAAUCAAGGAGAAAAACAAUGAGAUAGAUGAACUGGAGGCCUUUCUGGGAGGAGGAGCCAGCGCCAGCAAGCAGCAAGGGGGCGGGGACUAUGAGGAGCUCUAGGCCUGCAGUGGGUACAAUCAGCGGACUCCAUUGGUUGGUGGCUGCCACCAACUCUCCAUACGAGCCACGCCAGGACGGGUACAGAUGUGUAAAGCUUUGGCUGUCUGCCAUAAGUACUGUCGAAACAGAGAUGGUGGAACAAAAAAGCUUUACAUCUGUGUAUGCUGUUCUGGUGCAGUCGUGUGGAAGGAAAACACAGCCGUGGGAUACUUGAGGAAGGUUUGAAGGUUAAAGAUCAUGGUAUGGUAUCGUGGCAAUGAGUUAUCAUUUCCCCCUACCAAUGUCUAGCCCUCUUUCCUUUCUUCAGAGAGUUCCAAUCUGGUAGUUGGCAUGGUGUGGGGAUGGAAAGGUGAGUGGACCUGCUCCCAUCCCCACCAUAUUCCACUGCUGCACCCCUGAAAUUCCUGUUUUGAUAAAUAAAUGAAUGCAGCAAAA